AGCUUCUUGCUUUUGAAAUUUGGAGAAGCAUGAAAUCCCAGCUUUUCUGCGUGCUUCUAGCCUCCAUUUAAUGAAAAUUGCCCAUUAUAUCUAUUUUAUCAUCAUAUUUUAACAAAAUUACAAUUAAACUACUAUAUAUACUGUUAAGAAUCCCUAAGUUUGUGUCUCCCUCUACCUCUCGAUUGCUCCAUUCUACUUUGCUGCCCAUCUUCCAUCAACUGCACUUCUCACCAAAUCCCUCAUCCUUGACUUUUUCGGCAUCCUCAUCUACCGAUUGCUUGUUGUACCCAUCUUCUCCAUUUGCCGAAUGCUCCAUCUUUUUUCCCUUUUUUUGAUUUUGCAUCUCCCUUUGUUGAUUGCUUGCUAUACCCAUCUUCCAUUUGCUGCACAACUGCACCAGAUCCCACUUCCAGCAUCCUCAUCCUCCUCAUCCCAGAUCCAGCGGGUAACCUCUCUUUUCUCAAACUUUUCUAACAAAAACUUAUCUUGGAGCUACUUCAGAAUGAAUUUGAUUGUCUCCUUGUCUUUGGUCACAAGUCUUCUUCAUGAUGAUGUCUUCGAUGGUGCUGAAAAAAGGUGUGGUAUUGGUUCUUCAAAUGUUGUAAUGGGCAAUACGGUACUCUUGAUUUCCUUAAAUUAAACUGAUUGGUUUUCUUUUUCAUUUGUAGUACAAUGCUGUGGAUUAUUGAUGCUCUAUGAAGAAUGAGUAUUUCAUUUUUAGUUAAUAGAUGUUAUGAAUUGUUUUAUUUUGAGUAAGUAUAAUAUAUUUCUUUUUGCUUUCCUAUCACUUCUUAGUUAAUGAAUGUCGUGAUUAAUUGCUCUAUUUUUAGUUAAUGGGAUGUUGUGAAUUCUUUGUUGUCUUCUAGGUUUUUAGUUAUUCUAGUUUCCUUUGGAAAAUCACAAUGGCUAAGCUUGAUCAUGGUUUACUGAUUGUGUCCUUUAAGGAUCAUAGUGCUAUUGAAUUCAAGAGAAGCCAUAUGUUUCAAUUUGUUGUUGAGAAAGAAUAAAUUAAAGUUCAAUAU